AUGGGGUACUCCGUUAUUGGCCUUGCGCUUACGGCGCUGGCCAUCUUCCUCGCCAAACGCAACCUUGCAGCUCAAUCACGCAGGAGAGACAAGCGCCUCACACACACCAGUGAGCGCGUCCUCAUUCUCGGAGCUUCCAGCGGCGUUGGUCGCGCUGUUGCCAAGCGGUAUGCAUCCCGUGGAGCGCGAGUUUGCGUCGUCGCACGACGAGCCGACGACAUCGCCACUCUCUCUGAAGAGUGCGGGGAGAAGUGUAUUUGGCACGCAGCUGAUUUCAGCCAUGUCGAUGACCUGAUCAGCCUAAGGGCCCGUCUCGAAGAGGAGUGGCAGGGCUUGGAUACUCUACACAUCUGCGCGGGUGUCUCUGCCCUACAGCCCAUCAUGGCUCUCACUGGGACCAACUCCUCCGAGGAGGAUGCGGAUGCAGCGGGGAUUCAGAGGGCUGUCGAUAUUGCGGGACGUGCUGUGAAGGAUUCCCAUGCUGACGAGGACGUCCGAGUCACCAUCAAUUCUUCUCGUCUCUUCAGUUGCCGCGGUUAUUCCGGCACCGACAAGGGCACUUCUUUGGCCAUUGAACACCCUAAGAUUGCUUUCGCCUUCAUUCUCCCGGCGACUAUCGAAGGGAACUUCCGAGCAUCCGCGGUGGAUUCUGGCACUGUCAGGGAAGAUGACCCGAAUAAGCACGGACUUAGGAUCGACUAUGUUGCAGAGAAAUGUAUUGAUUCAGUUGAUCGUGGUAUUACUGGUAACGUCGUUCUGCCUAAAUUUCCGUACGCUAUUGCGCAGUAUUUAUAUCUUCUCUGGCCUACUUUCAUUGAGGCCCGGGCACGCAAGAAGUACAAUUUCAAGGCAUAG